AUGAAGUUUCUUCUUUCUCUUCUGACCAGCACUGGUCUUGUCAAUGCUGCCCUUUUUGGCUCGCCCACCACCCAUACCAAGCGUGAUAGCUGGGGAGGCAGUGUUUCAUUAGGCCCGUCCAAGUCGACUAUCAUUAAUGCAGUUACCACCAUCAUUCCUGGUACUGCUCCUUCCACCCAGAAUGGUGAGCUUUUCCUCUGGCCGGGAAUGUCCAACGGUACUGGAGACUUGAUCCAGACCACCUUGGAAAGCUGGCCUGAUAACUCUUGGUGUGGAGCCACCACUGGCCAGUGGUGUGUUCGCGCCAGUGUGUUCGGGUCUUUCGGCCAGCUAGAUGGCACUGCGAGCCCGGUCAGUGGGAACGAGAAGGUUCGGAUUGAAUACAAUUUGGAGAGUGACGGACAGACUUGGAAGCAGUAUGUUGCAUAUUGGAGAUGGAGACUUGAUAUGAUAUUGACUUCUUGCAGGACUGUCACCAACGCCGACACCGGAGCCCUCCUUUCUACAUACUCGCUUGCCUCUGGCCCCUACAUGACCGGCUACGGUACCGGAACUGAGUGCGACAGCGACUGCACUGGCACUAUCGCCGCCCAAGAGUACCUCAACACGACCAUCACUCUGGCCUCCGCCGACACCACUUUCGGCAGCACCAUUGCCACUGCUCAGGGCGCUUCCUACACUGGACUGAAAUCGAGCCAGAGUGGUAAGGUCUGGGUCAUUGACACCAUCAACAUUCCCGCCAUGUCUUAA